AUGGGCAGCCGGAGGGGCUUCGGGUUGUGGGCGCUGCUGGCGCUGGCUUGGCCGGGGGGCUGCGCGCCCCUCUUCCCCUUCGGCCCGGGGCGAGGCGACGCGGCGCUGGAGCCCGGGGACGACGCGCGCUCCCCGCCCCUGCAGCUGGGCGUCCCGCUGCGCUUCUACGGCGCCAGCGCCGACUCGCUCUAUGUUCUUACGAAUGGUAUCAUUGCUGUGACUGAACCACCAAGGGAAGAAGAUUAUCUUGGUCAAUUUCCUCUGAGUUUUGGAGGUAUUGCUCCCUUUUAUGCUGAUUUGGAUACCACAGGUGGACAUGGGAAGGUCUAUUACAGGGAAGAUUCAUCUCCUGAUGUCCUCCAGCUUGCUGCCAAGUACAUUAAAAGAGGCUUUCCGGAUACUACCUUUCACCCACACAGUGUUGUCAUUGUUACUUGGGAUUCUGUGGCUCCUUACACAGGACCUGGAGAAGAUGCCGUUUUGCAAGUCAAGAGAAACACAUUCCAGGCUGUUUUAGCGUCUUCUGAUUCCAAUUCCUAUGCUGUUCUCCUUUAUCCAGAAGAUGGUUUGCAGUUCUAUAGUACGCAUUCUAAAAAUGAUAUGGAAAUUAUCCCUGCUAUUGUUGGCUUUAGUCAGCCCUCCACGAAUUACUUCAUAUGGGUAAAAGCUGGAUCAUACAAUAUCAUAGCUAAUGAGGAAGAAGUCAUUGGGAAUCUUCACAGGAGCAGUAAUGUGGGAAAACAAGGGGUCUGGGCAUUUGAGAUUGGUAGUUCAGAUAAUAUAAAAUUGCCAAAAAUUACUCAAACUCCUGCCGGUGCAGAGUAUAAUGACUACGAUCAGUUCCAAGAAGUAACUACAGACUCUUCCAUAUUACACCCGGAUUCCAUCGAAAUAAGUCAACAACAUGAAUCAUCUAUUACCAGAAGAGGAGAUCAACUCUAUGUUAGUUACAAUUUGCCUCAGAUAGAAGGAGAAGAUGGUUUGCAGUCUCCAUACCAUUUUUUAACAGAGCAUCCUCCAGUUAAUCCUCCACUCCCAACAGGGAGAAACCCACCUCUCCAGUUUCCAGGCCAACAGUUUCCUCAGCAACACCCUCAGAUUAUAGAUGUGGAAGAAGUUGAUGAAACUGGAAUUGUGUUUCGUUACAAUACAGACGUCCAGCAAACCUGUGCAAACAACCGUCAUCAGUGUUCUGUUCAUGCCACUUGCAAGGACUAUCCAAAUGGCUUUUGUUGUAGCUGUAUUGCUGGUUACAAAGGAAAUGGCCGGCAGUGUGUAGCAGAAGGCUCUCCCCAGCGAGUUAACGGGAAAGUCAAGGGACGAAUCUUCGUAGGCAACAACCCAGUUCCAGUUGUAUUUGAGAACACUGACCUCCACUCUUACGUUGUGAUGAAUCAUGGACGCGCCUAUACUGCUAUCAGCACAAUUCCAGAGGCUUUGGGCUUUUCCUUGCUUCCUCUUGCCUCCAUUGGCGGAGUCAUUGGAUGGAUGUUUGCCGUGGAACAGCAAGGACAUAAAAAUGGGUUCAGUAUUACAGGUGGUGAGUUUACAAGACAAGCUGAAGUUACAUUCCUCAACAGUAAUGACAAGCUGAUCAUCAAACAGAAGUUCAGUGGAAUUGAUGAACAUGGACAUCUUACAAUCAGCACAGAGCUUGAAGGCAGAGUGCCCGAGAUCCCAUUUGGUUCUUCUGUCCACAUAGAGCCCUAUAAUGAGCUCUAUCAUUCUUCUAGUUCUGUUAUCACAUCAUCAUCUACCAGAGAGUACACUGUGACAGAACCAGAAAGAGAUGGGGUCUCGCCAAGUUACACAGUUCCUUACCAAUGGCGACAGACGAUCACAUUUGAUGAGUGCAUUUAUGAUGACUCUCAUCAUUCUGUUUCAGCCACACAGCAGUUAUCAGUGGAUAGUGUCUUUGUCUUGUAUAACAGAGAUGAACAAAUUUUGCGAUACGCAAUGAGCAAUUCAAUUGGUCCUGUCAUUGGUGAUUCAGCCGAUAUAAACCGCAAUCCUUGCUACACGGGCUCCCACGGCUGUGACACCAAUGCAGCCUGUCGCCCAGGAGCAGGCAGUCAGUACAGCUGUGAAUGCUCAGUCGGCUUCCGAGGAGACGGCCGUGUAUGUUAUGAUAUAGAUGAAUGCCUGGAUCAGCCAACAGUGUGUGGCAGCAAUGCAGUCUGUAAUAAUCAGCCAGGAACUUUCCGAUGCGAAUGUCUAGAAGGAUAUCAGUUUUCAGCUGAUGGACGAACAUGUGUGGCUGUUGAACGUGUCGUCAAUCAUUGUGUGACAGGCACACACACUUGUGAUAUCCCUCAGCGUGCCCGCUGCAUAUACACUGGUGGCUCUUCUUACAUCUGCACAUGCCAGCCUGGCUUCUCUGGAGAUGGGCGCUCCUGUGUGGAUACAGAUGAAUGUCAGCACAGCCGCUGUCACCCAGAUGCUUUCUGUUAUAAUACUCCAGGGUCCUUCAGCUGUCAAUGUAAAGAAGGGUAUCGUGGGGAUGGUUUCCAGUGUGUGUCAGGAGAACUAGAGAAGACAAAAUGCCAGCAUGAACAGGAACAGGUUUUAACUUUUGGUCCAAGAGGACCCAGGCCAGUUGGCCAGUUUAUCCCUCAGUGUGACGUCUAUGGGAACUAUUUGCCAACUCAGUGCCACUCCAGCAGCGGAUAUUGCUGGUGUGUAGACAGAGAUGGUAACGAGAUUGAUGGCACCAGAACUGGCCCAGGAAUCCGACCUCCAUGUCUGAGUACAGUUGCGCCUCCUGUUGUAGUUGGACCCUCUGUGAAACCAGAUGCAAUUCCUCUGCCUCCUGGAACACACUUGCUCAUUGCACAGAGUGGAAAGAUUGACCAUGUCCCUCUAGAGGGGAACGCUAUGAAGAAAUCAGAUGCAAAAGCUUUGCUGUAUGUGCCAGAUAAAGUUGUCAUUGGAGUUGCCUACGACUGCUUGGAGAAAAUGGUUUACUGGACAGACAUCAGCAGCCCUUCCAUUAGCAGAGCAAGCCUCGGGGGAGGUGAACCAACAUCCAUCAUAAAAACAGAUUUGGAAAGUCCUGAAGGAUUAGCUCUCGACCAUCUUGGACGCACCAUAUUUUGGACAGAUUCUCAACUGGACAGAAUAGAAGUUGCAAAGCUAGAUGGCAGCCAGCGCCGAGUGCUGUUUGACACUGACCUUGUGAAUCCCAGAGCCAUUGUAGCAGAUCCUAUGAGAGGAAAUCUUUACUGGACAGACUGGAACAGAGAGGCUCCUAAAAUUGAAGCUUCAUACAUGGAUGGCACCAAUAGAAGGACUCUUGUGAAAGAUGAUUUAGGGCUACCCAAUGGACUAACAUUUGACACUUAUUCUUCAUUGUUAUGCUGGGCAGAUGCAGGCACCAAAAGGGUUGAGUGUAUGAACCCCAAUCAGCUUGGUCGCCGAAAGAUCCUUGAUGGAGCCCAGUAUCCUUUCAGCAUUACAAGCUAUGGGAAGAAUUUAUUUUACACAGACUGGAGAAGAGAUGCUGUGGUAGCAGUGGAUUGCACAGUCUUAAAAGAGAAUGAUGACUUCCAGCCCCACAAGCGCAGUCGUCUUUAUGGAAUAACUACAGCCUUUGCUCAGUGUCCACAAGGUCAAAACUAUUGCUCGGUGAAUAACGGAGGCUGCACUCAUCUAUGCUUGGCUACCCCAGGGGGCCGUUCUUGCCGGUGCCCGGACAACACUAUUGGUGUGGAUUGUAUAGAAAGAAAUUGAGAGCUGCAGCCUGGAAUGUUUCCAACCACUUUUUGGUCACGUACUGUAAAUAAAUAGUUAAACGGCCAGUCCCAUGCAAGGAAAGA